CCAAAGACUUUCGCGUUGCUAUGGUUACAUCAACUCAACUAGGACCGUUUGCUGAAGGUCAGAAACUAAACACACGGACAUUUAAAGCGGCACCACACCAGCUCGUACCAUUCUUGAAUUAGCUCACUUCGCUUCUGGACUUUUCUACGACGUUUAUUUCUCCUCGUCAUCAUCAGCAUGGAGGUUGGAGAUAAGCUGAAAGAUCUCAACAUGACGGCGGAGGAAGUGGACAGACUCACGAAAGCGCUCAAAGACGAGAAAUUCGGGGAAAUGUUGCGCGACUACGCGCGUGAACUGUCGGACCCGGAGAAUAAGAAAAGGUAUGAAGAGGAGAUCAAACUCCUGGAGCAGGAGAGAGGAAACACGAUUGAGUUCAUCCACCCGAAACCGUUUCGGUCUCUCAGGACGAGUGUGAACGGCACGCAGAAGUGUUUCAUCAACAUCUGCGUCAGUGAACACGUUGGAAAGCCCGCGUGUAAGUGCGGGGUGUCGGAGGACGGCCGCAGAGGACAGAGCUGGUCCCUGCCUCACAGUCUGCCCCCAGGGAGACAAGACACAGACCCCAAAGGGAACAAGAUCCACAUCCACGAUGUCAUCUUCCACCCUGACACCGUCCACAUGGCAAGCAAAAACAAAAGGUUUAUGGACUUGGUGGACAGCACAGCCAUUCAGGGAAUCCAGAACACGUUCAAAGUGACUCUGGAUAAAAACAAUGUGAGGGAGAUGAGCACUAAAUACAAGGGUGCCCCUCAGCCUUGUGUCCUCCGAAAACCCAUACCCGGAUACAAAUCCAAGGAGCCCUCAGAGGAGCCGGACCCUCUUGCAUUCCCAUACCCGGAUGAAAAAAGGCCUUCUGUGUCCCUGAAAAUGAAGCCCACAGAAUCAGCUGCAACGGAAAACAGCAGCGAUGCGGAAGCUAAACGGGUCCAACCUGAGAAAGUCAAAGAGCCCACCAAGCCAAACUACACAGUAAAAUAUCGAUCUUUCGUGGAUCUACAGGACUUCAGAUACUCGAGAGACUCCGCCCAAAGCCCCAGGCCCAAAGAGAUAGUGGUGACCGUCGCCAUGCCACUUCUGAAGGCGGCCUCAGACGCCAGCCUCGAGGUAAAAGAGAGGCAGCUGCUGCUGUCGUCUAAGAAACCAGCCUACAGACUGGAGCUGCCCUUAGCCUACCCUGUGGAUGAAGAUAAAGGAGAGGCCAAGUUCAACAAGCAGAGAGGACAGCUUACAGUCACGCUGUCUGUUCUUCCUUCUGAUGAAGCGUUCGAUUUCACUUCAGGGUCUGCUCCGGCUGGUGUUAGUGAUGAUGAGAGUCAGGAGGAGAAAAGAGAGGUGCACGAGGAGGAUGAGUGGAAGGAGGAGAGGGAAAGCAAGAACAGUGAGGAGCAAAGAGCUGUUGAGGAGGAUUUUAGGCAGCAGACAAGGCUAGAGAAUGUUGACAAAGAGGGUGAAAGAUGUCAUGAGAAAGGAGAGGAGCAGAUGAGGGAAGAGGAGGAAGGUGUAGCAGAGGAGGAAAGGGUAAUGGGUGAGAAGGAAACACUGGAAGGAAAAAGGGAAGGAGCAAAUAGUGAAGAAGAGAACAUUGGUUUGGGGGAAGAGGCACACUGGAAAAAGCCGAAAAGAAAAGGCCAAGAAGUUGAGGAUGAGAUAUUGAAAGAUCAGAAACAGGAAAAUGACAAAGAGGUUGGAAACUCUAACCAACAGGAAAAGCAGCAAAUUAAAGACAACACGGACUCUGGUCUAAGUUUUCAAUGGGGUACCGUUGAUGUUUCUGUAGAAGAUGAAAACUCCUCGCCUGAUGAUAAUGAGAGGGUUGAGGACACUCCUGAAACAGAUAACCAGCUUGGUUUAAUCCCUGCUGAACAUUUAAGCUGCAUAGAAAAAGAGGGAGGAGUCAAUGUGAACUCUUGUUUGGAGUCACCACCCAAAAUGAAGACUUCAGACGCCAGAGAGGAGGAGGUGGAAACGGACGCUGCAUUUCUAAAUCACAAAUCAAGUGAGGAAACCCAAACUUCCACAGCUGCUGAACCUCAUGGCCAGAACAAAAUGAAGCAGGUUGGGAGGAAGAAUACCGACCCAGAUGACCCGCCAAAGGUGCAAAUCCUUCACAAACCAGAGCGCGACAACGAGCCACCACCUGUGUUAUUAAGGGAAAUCGAUAAAGAUGGAAACGAAAAGAUCAUUAGUGACCAUUCCACAUCUGCUGGGUUUAUCUUCCAGAACUCCCUGAUCUAUGAGCUCGACUGAGGGUUUAGACGAGGCUGUGAAGUGGUUUUCUUGUAUCACAGCAGGUUUGAAUGGAAGUUGUACUGUUUAAUUCAACGAUAUUAAAUGUUCUUAUUCUCAAAACCUGACCCUUCUCUUCAAUCACUUAAUUCAAGUACACGACGCAUAUAUCAUUUAAAUGUCCCCGAAUAAAAUACUUGGGACAAC